UGAGAAAGGAGCUUUCCAACGCCCUCUAACCACCACAUGACGCUCGAGUAUGAUUUAAUCACCCGUUAGACACAACACUCGACGUCAUAAGGAUCGUCAUGGCCUGCAUAAAUGAACGAUAGUAACAAAACGGGCGGCGCGAAGCAAGAACGGUAGAGGGAGCCCGUGUUGCAGGUGUUGGGGCCCCCGUAGCACCCUGGAACGUUAGAGGAUGGGUGAGUGUCUCUUGAUUAUUAUUUUACUGAUAAAAAUAUGAGGCAAAACACAAAUUUCAGACAUGGCCGAGUAGCAAACAAACGCCUAACCAUCUCCUGCAGUGAAAAAGUGGACUGUGAUAAAGGUGAAAAAGGAGGUUCGGAAGAAGAUAAAGGAAAUUAAUAUUUUCCUUCCCCUUGUGUUUGGUGGUGUGUGUUGUGUGUGUAUGUGUUGUUGUGCGUCGUGAGGGUUUAUAGUGCUCGGAGGAGCGGCGUGUGUUUGUCAAGCCGCCGAAGAAGAGAGAAAUGUUUGGUGUUUUUAUCAACGCUAAUAUUUGCUUUAAGCUGUUUUGUUCAAAUCUCACGUAUAGUGUUUACGUUUAGCCGUUAUUCCGUCAUAAGUAGCUUUUCCAGAAGAUUAGGCCUAUGCAAAAUAUCAAGAACUUAGAACCUCAACAUCCGAACAUAUUUUCUGAACUCAGAAGACGUUUCCAGGAUCAUUUUUUGAGAAUCCUUAUGUCAUCAUGUUUCUCAUGUCAUGUUUAGCUUGCAAUGGAUGAUGAUGGCCAGAAACAGAGACUGCUUGACGUAAUAGGAGAUCCCCAUGCUCUAGAGACAUUUUUAGAGACUCUCCCUAGCUCGAGUUUUCCCACUGACGGUGGUCUCCUCUGGCAGGGCUUAGACUCUCCUCGCUUCGACAAUGUGACCCCUUCAACAGACCCUGGUCUAAUCAACAGUUGCCUGGACAACCUUGUGUUUGAUGGUCAAUUCCUUGGACAAGUACGAGGGGGCAGCCACCCUCUCAGUCACCCACAUGUCUUACAGCAGGUCUUACCUUCAUCAAGUCUCCCAGCUGCACCUCAAGGGGCAUCUCAUCCACAGCAGCAACAGCCGCAGUCUCAGCAGCAACAUCAGCAGCACCAGCAUCAGCAGCAGCAGCAGCAACACCAGCAUCCACAUACACAUCACCAGCAAAAUGUAGCCCUUCCAUCACCUGGGGCUCCGCAAGUGGGUGGAGCCCCUUCUAGCAGUGGAGGAGAGGGAAGUAGAGAAAAUGAACAUCCAACCUUACAACAACUCUUUGGCUCCUCCACAACUUUUUCUCCUCAGCAACAUUCACAGCCUCAAGUGCAACCCCAAACUUCACUUCAUCAGCAAAAUGCUGGAACUGUUGGCCACAGUUUAUCUCCUGCAAUACUCACUACAACUGCAUCUCGUCUACCCUCUAUUCAGCAGGCCUCCCAUUUACAGCAACAAUUGUCAGUUCAUCCUACUCCUCGGUCAGUUGCUGUUAGGUCACAAAUAUCUCCAGCAACAAAGAAUGCCACAUCCGGCCCUCCAACUGUUCCACAACCUACUCCUCAAGUUUUACCACAAGCAGCAGCUGCUCCAGCUCCUACACAGGUCAUGCCAAGUAGUGUCCAGUUGGUUGGUGGCCCCAGUCAGGUAAUUACAUCUGGAGGACAAAUAAUAACAUCUGCAGCUCCCCAACUUCUGCAAGGGACUCAACUCUUACAAGGACCUGGAUCUACACAGGUCAUGCCAACAGGUCAAUUGUUACCAGGCCAAGUAUUGCACAAUGGUCCUCUUAUUCAAGGAGGCCAAGUCCUUCAUGGAGCUCAUAUGCUGCCUGGAGGCCAGUUGUUGCCAAGUGGUCAAGUUAUUCAAGGGGGGCAGGUUCUCUCAGGUGGUCAACUUAUCCAGAGUGGAUCUGUGAUCAAUAGUAGUCAGUUAAUCACAACCACAUCACAGAUGGUAACUAGUGGACUUAGUACUGCCCCAACACCUUCUUAUGUUACCCCAAGCACAUUAACAGUACAGCAGCAGCAACAGCAACAACAACAGCAACAACCACAACAGCAACAACAGUCACAAACUCCUGUUACUUUACAUCAGUCUGGUCAGUCCCCUGCAUCUGCAGUAUCACCUUUUUCAGUCCCUACAAAAUCUCCUGGAACAGCUUUACCUCGCACUUCUCCCAGUCCUUCUCCCUAUCAUCCUACAACACCAUCUCCACACCCAUCUGUGCAGAGCCCUGCUCCUUAUACAACGCGGUCACCAGCACCCUCUCCACACACAAGUGUUGGGACUAUGAAAUCUCCAGCCCCACCAACUCCUUCUCCUGCUGCUACCCCAACUCCUCAAACUCAUACAAAUAUUGCUGCUGCCAUACCUCAACAACAAACAACUGGAAUGGUGCAAAGUGUGAUGGGAAACGGUGGUAUGGUUCAAGGUUUAGUACCCCAGUUACCACUUUCACAAGUAAUGGGAUCAAAUGGUAUGGUACUGCCACAAACAACAGUUCAGCAGCAGGCUGCUGCAGGUGUAAAACAGGUGGUGUCAGGUGGUCAGAUUAUUCAGAUUGUAUCUUCUCCGCAGCCAACCCAGCAACGUCAGUCUCUCUCGACCCCAGCUCACAAACCUAUUCAACCAAAACAACCACAGUUGCUGCCAAAGCCCCCUCAAUCUGUUAGUAGUGGACAGCCACCACCACCACCUCCACCUGGGAAGUCCAUAAUUAGCACAAGGUCUGUGACACCUGGAGGGCAGCAACCUAUUGUUAUUGGAGCUGCUGGUCAACCAACAGCAACAAUGAUGACCAGUCAGCAGGGCAUUGGAGGAUUUGUGAUUAAUCCUUCUCCAUUGCAGUCAGGCCUUCAGCAGCCUAUUCUAAUUCAGCAACCCAAUGGUGUGUUGUUAGUUAGGCCAUCGGGACCUGGUGGGGCAGCAGGGGCACCAGCACAAGCUUUUUUAGUGCCAAUGCCAGGUCAGCCACAGAUAGUUAGUGCUGGGGCUAAAGGUGGCCAACCACAGACUGUAGUUUUUCCAACCAGUGGGCAAGGAGGACCAGCCUUUGUCAUUCCACAAAAUGCUGCUUCCAGUUUAGGUGCUUCAGGAGUAAUGGGGGCAGCUCAAGGUGCACGAGGUCAUCAACCUAUUAUUAGAUUGGUAGCUCCACAAGCUCCACUACAGUUACAGCAAAUACCCACCCCAAAUGGCCCAACUUUGGUUGCAUUACCAACAGGCCAAGUAAAUCUCUCAGGUUUACUAGCAGCAGGCGGUGCUACUAUGCGUACGUUAGCUCCUCAAGUAGCAUCAGGACCUUUGCAACUUGCUCCCUCCUCAGUAGCUCCUCCAAACAUGGCGCCUGUGGCAGCAUCCAUGGGUCACCUGCAUAUGGCAGGUACUGGGCAGCAGCUCCAGGUGUCUGUGCCUGGAGCACCAUUGCAGCUAGCAACGUCUCUUCCUUCCUCCCUCCCAUCUGUGAUAACCACCACUAAGCAAACUGUGAUAGAUGAAAGUGUGGCUCCUCCUCCUGCCCCUCCCCCUGCCCCUCCUGUUGUAUCCUGUAGUGAAGCAGGUCCACACAAUCAAACUUUGAAUGACUCUAAUAAAGCAGUGAAGAAGAAACCCAAAAAGAAAAAGAAAGAGAAAGAUCCAAAAGAUGAGAAGCUCAAAAGUAAAGGUGGCUCAAUUAAUCUGAAUGAUAUUCUUAAAGAGACAGGUAUUAUGGGGGAUAUGAUGUUGUUUGAUGAUAAUGAACUAGGUUUAGGGGGUGAUGGCAUGGAAGUGGGCCAGAUAUCUGUAUCGACAAGUGUGAAGACAGCAACACCAGUUGUAACGCUAGUUACUACUGCCCAGGCAGCAGGAUCCAUCACUGAGACAGUUACAGCAGGUACUGUUGGGAUUCAUGACAAUACCAAUCAUGUUGUCCUUGGGACUCAUCAGCCUAUGUUGGUAGGGAUGAAUAAUCCUGUACCACAAGGAACUGUUGUUAUUAGCUCUGCUCAAACAGGAUUGCCUACAGCCACCACCAUGCCAAGUGGGAUGUGCUUGACUCUGGAUCCAAGUGGAAAGGUUAUCCUAGGUGCUGAUCCAUCUAAAACUCAUAUAGCGGCAUCUUCAGUGCCAACUCCCUCUCCGGUGGGAGGGUUAGUGAUUCCCUCCAAUCAACCACAAGUACAGGUUAUCAGCAGUGGUGCCGUAGGUGUUGUGUCAACUUCAACAGUAGCAGGGGUAACCAGCAGUGGGACGGUUGUUAACGUGAUGAAUAAUAGCAUGCCCACCAUUAUGUCUGGCAGCAAUGGCCACAUUGGGCCUGGUAUACUUCCAACUGUUGGUUCCCUGCCCUCAUUCACUCAGCUUCUGACUCCUCCAACGCAGGUAACCACAAAUGUGACAGUUCAGGGUCCAACAAUAACUACUCGAAGUGUGCCAGUUCAGUUGCAGUCUCCUCCAACAGCUAAGGUCACUCAGGUGAUGGCAAAGACCCAGACAGGUGCUGAUAUCUCUAGGGUAGCUCAAAAUACACACCUUUUGCAGGCAUUGCAUUUACCUGCAUCUGAAAAGACUACCAUUGCCUCAGGCCCCCCCAUCUUAACAUCCAUCACAUCAGGGCAGCAGGCAGUAGCCACUAGCACUAGAGAGCCAACAUCUGUUCCCAUGCAAGUAUCUGUGGGUGAUGGUGGCUCAAUGGUUGCAGUGGUCAGUGUGGGAAGUGUAAUGAGUCGACCUUCUGAAAAUGUGGUGUCUACUGGUACAACUUUUUCCUCGCCGGCGCCUCUUAGCAUCCUUGUUGCAAGUCAAGCCAGCCAAGUGCCUCCCAGUCCAGCUGUGAUUGCGUCUUCUAGUGCCACAAACAGUGUUGUGUCUGGUGCUAUAAUUAGCCACAAACCAUUUGUUACCAACUCUGCACUCACUCCACAAACUAAUGUAACUUAUACAAAUUCAGAAAAUGUGCCAAUAACCCGAGGCCAUCCCCAGAUAGCUAGUGCUUUACAUCAUGAUAAUGUUCCUAGUCAUAUUAAUAGUAAUUCAGGUGUGUUUGCAAUAAAGAACAGUGAGAGUGGUAGCAAGCCUCCCAGCUAUCAAAAUGAGUAUGUUGCUACUCUACAAAGAAGUCAAAAUCUGAUAGAAGCUAGUAAAAACAAAUCAAAAUCUAAUAAGAAACGUAAGAAAGACAAAGAAGUAGAAACUGUCCCAACAGCCAGUUCCAGUCCUGUUAUUAUUAAGCAAAGUUUACAUGACAGAUUGAAGGCCAGUGGCACAUCUAGUGCAAGUGGAAUUAUCCAACAAAACCUGUCUUCUCUGCCAAAUGGGCUGAGCAACCCCAACUUGAAGAACACGUGCCACAAUUCAGGCUUGUCUCAUUACCCUUCUGUAACAAUACCUGCAUCAGUUUGUGAUGGAGUGAGUAAUAGCGAUACCACACCUGUUGUGGGAUCUAGCAUGCCAACAGUCAGCAUGUCAACAGUCUUGCCAUCUUUAACAACAACUGCUACUGCUUCUGUUCAGACGCCACCCAUAAACACUACCACAAGCUCAACAUUAACUACAACCUCGCACACCCACACAGGAGUUGUUAUUCCUGGUCAGAAGCAGCAAGUGAAGCAGGUCAAGACGCUCAUUCUCUCUCCACAAAACAAAGAGGCACUCAAAAAGGUUCAUAAUCAGAUUCAAGCUAUACAGCAUAAGAAGUCAGAUCAAGACUCUGCUCAACUUCAGCAACUAUACUCUGAGUACCGAAAGAUCAUGGCAACCGGAAAGCAUUACACUGUGACUACAAGUCCACAGCAAUCUCAGAUAUCCCAGCCUCCAAGUCAGCCAACGCCUGUCCGUUACUCCCAUCCAGUUGGCCACAAGAUAAUCACUCUUACACAAUUCAAACAGCAUAUCAAGCAUUUGCAACAAGACCAACAGCGACAAGUAAUAGACCCCAGUAAACCAGUCCUCCAGCGAUGGAAGGAAACGCCUACUACCACAUCUACAGCAGCUGGAACAACAGUUACUCAAGUGACUACUACUCCUCAUGUCUCUCCAACUUCCCAGAAUUCUACAGCUGUUACAGUCUCCAGACCCAGUAUCAGUCCAGUCAGCAGUGCUAGUAUGCCAAUCAUCACCACAUCAGCUCCGUCCCCAACUGUUCCCACCACCUCGACCACAGUUACGGCAUGUAUUACGAGUAGUACAUACAACUGUACUACUAAAAUGGCUCCACCCCAGUGCUCACCUGUUUCCUCUACAUCAUCAAGCACCUUUCCUAAUAGUUCAGGGCCUUCUCCAAAAUCUAGUGCCCCAUCAGGAAAUAUACUCCCUUCACAAACGUCUCCUCGCUACGUCUCAUCUGGUGUUAAUCAAGAGCAUUCUUCUAAUCAAGCAGAACCUCAGCAGUUGCCUUAUGUUACCAAGGAUCAGUUGUUUGAACACCAACUCAGAACUGACCAGAAUGGUGCUGUAAAUCCAGAAUAUCGCACUCCUUUUAAAAACAAGAUUGAUGCCUGUAAAAGACUAAUCCGAUAUCAUGUGUUUAGUGAUAAAGGUCCUACACAGAAAGACUUAAUAGAAUCUGAUAAUCAGUUUGAGAUCCAAGCUGAAUCCCUUCUUAAAAAAUUUAGUAAUAUGAAGUACAAGUACCAGUCACUCCUACUCAAAGAUAGUAUGCGUCGCCAUGCUUCUUCAGAAUAUGUCAUGUUAUACAGACUAUUUGUGCAGGAGGACAAGUCAAGUAUAGAAAGAGAUAAAAUAGACGUUCAGAAUAGCAAAGUCUUAGAUCUCCCACCCGCACCUGCACAUUGGCUUACAGGAGAAACUCCACCCACAGACCCUCCAUAUCCAUGGGAAUCUGAAUGGGAGAAUCAAAAAGUUUAUAUCUGUGAUUCAAUGGAUGAAGAAGAGGAAGAAGAUCAGACACAGCAGACCUCCAAUACUGUGGUCACUGAUAUAAAUGAACUUUCAGGAGAGAAUAAGCUGAAAGUUGAAGAAGAAAAUGAAGAUUUUGAUGGCAGCCAAGAAGGGGAUCCACAACUUGAAAUAUUCAUGGAUGAAGAAGAGGAAGAGGAAGCAGUAGAGGAAGAAGAGGAUGCUGAUAAGGAAAUAAAAAUUAAUGUUAAGAAUGAAGGGGAGAGACAGUCACCCUCUGAAAUCAACUCAAAAUCUACUGUUUAUGCUAUAGACAUGCAUAAUAAUAAUAGUGCUUCAGAUACCAAUAACAGUGCUAAAGCAGAAGGAAAAAGCAUCAAGGCUGAAAGUGAUCUUAAGCAAGAUGGUGAGGGAGAGCAAAAGUUAGUGAUAUGUGAUAAUGAUGUGACCAAUGUAUGUAGUGUUAGUCCACUACCAAAACUUGGGGUAAAUGAAUCUGAACAUCCCUAUGAUUCAUGGACAAGUAAUAGAGAGAAUGAUAAUCGAUUCUCAGAGGGCUCAAAUUCACCAGUACCAAACAAUGCUCCCAGUGAUGGUUCAAAGGUGAGUUCUCCAUCAUAUGAAAAAAUAACCAAUGAAUCUUACAGAGAUGCACAUUCACCUUCUCUUAAUAUUGUUUCUAGUGAUCGGCCAGAGAGGGAUAAAAGAAAAGAAAAGUGUGAUAAGGACAAAGACAGGAGAAAAUCAGAUAAGGUAAAAGAUAAGGAAAGGGUUCGUGAUAGGGAAAAAGAGGACCGACCUCCAAAGAAGCUAAAAAUAAAAUUAAAGCAUGAUGAUCGGGCAGUUGUGCCUCCUUUACGAAUCAGAACAGAAGAAAGAGGUAGUUGUUUGAAGCUAACCCUUAAAAAGCAAGAAGGGUCAGAAGCAUAUUAUAGUGUAGGUGAGGAAAGAAAACGUGAAUAUCGUGUUGAACAACAUGACGAUGAAGAAGAGGAGGACUGUGCUGAAAAUGUGCCUGAAAAACAAUUUGAUAGAGAUGAAGGAGAAGAUGAAUGUGAAGCUGAAGGGAGUCAUGACUUGAAGGAAGUGAAAGUAGUAUUACAAGAUGUGCUCAAAGACAAAAAGUUCAAGUUGAAAAAACACGAGGAAGAAAGAACUACCAAAAGAAAAAGACGGGAAAGAAGUGACGAUAGGAAUGAUAGAAGUGAUAGGCGUAAUAGGAACAAUUAUCAUUGGUCUAACCAUGCACAAGACAUAUAUCAGGCUGAAGGGGAACGUAAUUCUUCACAACAGUCUAAUUAUGAUGGUAGAACUUGGAAUCAUAACAGCAAUGCUGAAUGGACAAGGAGUGGGGCAAGUGUGGAUUGGCGCAGAACUAGUAAUAAUGAUGGUGGUGAUUGGCAGAGAACAAGUGGGGAGAGUGGGCCUGUGGGAGAAUGGAAUAGGGGUAGUAGUGAAGGGGCUUCCAGUGUCAGUCAUUCUAGUGACAAUAGAUCAUCGAGAGAUUACAGUCCUCAUCCUCAUCUUCUUCAUUAUAAUGAGCAUUAUGAUGCACGUGAGUUUUCCAACCGGCAAAACCACUCUCAGUCAUAUGGGCAUUCCGGUAGUCAAUCCAGAAACACUCAUAACUACCAUUGAUAGCUCUUCUGUUUCUGUCAGGAAUUUUUAAAAUGAUUCAUUAGUGCAGAUUGUUAUUGGGAAUGUGUACAUAAUUUGAAUCAUUUCACAAAAUUUUCUAACAAAAUUGAUCUUUGUUCUUAAAAAAAUAAUUUUUAUAUUUCAGGCCCUUAGAACUUGUUACUUUCACUAUUAGUAUGCUCUUCUUAAACUUCUGUCCAUGCAUUAUUUUAUAAACUCAAGUCACUAUGUAUAUUUUAGUUCAUUCUUAUCUUCUUGUAUUGAAUCUAGUCUUGAUCCACCUCUGUGUCUGGAACAUGUCUGGACUACUAUACAUGAUAAGAGAGUGGCUGAACAGCCUUAUUGUAAAGUGGUUAAACUAAAUGCUCAUAGUAAUAUGUUUUUGAAGAAAUAAUUCUCAGUUCUCUCUUAAGCCAACUAAUCUACUUUGUUAUGUCAGCACAUAGUAGUAGUAAUACCGGUGAUAAAAAUUCCUAAAGCAAACACGAUAAUAUUCAAGAAUGUUCCUAUCUGAUAUAGUGAUUUAAUCUUUUCAUCUUUUGCUGUAGUACUGUAUAAUCCACCACUUUUCAAAUAGCUGUUAGUCACUAUUCUUAUUGUAGUAGCCAGGUUAUGAUUGCUCAGUAUCAAGUGUGGUAGUUGUGAACCUCAAAUUGGUGAUAGAAGUCUCAUGGUUGCUAUAUAUAUUUAUAUGAUUAUAUACAUAUAUAUAUAUGUAUGUCUUAGGUUUUAUGAGCUGUGACGGAAGAUUACCUGUGACCCAGCUAAGAAGUAAUAAUAAUGUAAAUGUGAUAAUCUUGAGGCAUCUAUUGAAAAAAAAGAUGGAAAAGGAAGCAGGAUGGGAGCUUUGUGAAUGACGAUAACGGCAAAGCCUUUUGAAUGAUUUUUUCAAAGAACCUUUGGGUUUCUACAUGUCCAAAGGAGUCUUAGAUUUCGUUCAGUGAUCCUCUUCAACUUCAAAAUGACAUGAAUGAUGUAUCCAGUUGAUGCCCUUACUAAGUAAACUGUCAUUCUCAAAGUAUGUGAUCUCAAGUGUGAUUGUUUUAUUACAAACUUGUCUCAUUUUUCUACUGUUAAAGUGGUAAGAAGUCUGAUUUGUGUGUAUAUUUUUGCCAUGUACUUAUACUGUUCCCAUAGGUUGUUGACAUUUUCAGGGAGUUUAUCAGCCUGUAUACUGAUACAUGGUCACUGUAACAGAAUCCAGGCUGACAUACUGUUUAUACACUGCUAUUGAUAUGCAGAUUGUAUAUGCAAAAUCCAUUUUAAUGUUUCAAGAUUUUGCAAACAAAAUACGGCAUAAUAUAGUAAAAUUAUUUUCUGCCUCAGUGCAUUCACGUUGGCAUUGUGAUUAUGUUUGAAUGGAAAUUUCUUAAAGAAAAGUUAAGCUUUGGUCUUUUGAGUUGGACUGUGUUAGUUUUGCACUGAAGCAAUAUUAAUCAGUUUAUAUGGUAAUAGAAAGAUGGGUUUUCCACUAGCUUUUAUAAUACAGUACAGUAAUGUGAUGGCAUUUUCAAAAUUUUUCAAACUUAUUAUGGUCUUGUAACUCCCAGUUUGUGAUGUUUAUUUUUUGAUUCUUAAUAUACUUUACAAUUCUUCUUUUUUUUUAUCUACUUACAUUGCAGAUGACAAAGGUUUCCUUUUUGCAAGUUAAAGGACAUUUAAAUUUUCUUUUCCUUUACAUGUUUUAAUACUGUAGCACCUGGCAUAUUUAUACUUUUAUUGAAUACAAGUCUAUAAUAAUUUUCCUUUUGUAUUUUUGGUGAUGCAUUAACACGAUUUUUCUAUCGUAAGUUGGUUCUAGUUCGUUGUUCCUCUUAGAUAUUCAAUAUGAGGCAGCUUUGUGUGUCGUUUCAAGAGAUUUUAAUCGUGCAGCAGAGACCAGUGAACUUGAAUUUUUUUUUUUUAUCUUCACAGCAUCAUAUAUAAAAAUUGCAGUAGCGAGUCAGAGACUUCUGACAUGUCCAAUUUAGCAGUUCUCUGGUAUCAUAGCAAUAUUUUACUAGAAAUAGUGCUAAAGAGGACACAUUUCACUGGGCGACACGGCUUCCUCGCCCAGAAAUAGAUUUUUCCUACGUCAAAAUCCCUUUUUUAAGACCACCUUAUUCAUUUCAAAAUGUGCCUAGGUAUGGAUUCACUUUCCAAUAUUUAGUUAGAAUGCAUUGCAUUUCCUUAAGAGUAUCAUAUUUUCUCCAGUUUCAUGUAAUGGUACCUUCAAUCCAUUACUGUUCUCCAAAACUAAAGUUGUGAAGCAUCAUACAUGUUACCAAACUACCAACAGUCACAACAUUUUAGAACAGUGAUCCUACAUAAGUACAGUCAAGGCUGGCUGAUCAUCCAAGUGGCUCUUCAGUUGUAGAUGUGCUAAAUAUUGAAUGAUUUAAUAACUUUUUUUUCUUUCUUUAGUGAAUGCACUUAUUAUAGUUUGACAAUUUUACAAAUUUUGAGAUCACCUGGCCAAAUAAAAAAAAAAUCAAGUGCUCACAGUGAAUUAGUAACUUCUACAUCUAGUUAAAACUAUGGCCAUAAUGCAAAACAAACUUUGUAUGUAAAUUUAAGCCAUCAAAACUGGUAAGUCAUAAUAAAAGAAAAUGGGGCCAUUUAUGUUCUUACGAAGAAUUUACACAGUACAGUAUUUUUAGAAAAGGUUAUUCAGUUCACAUGUUACCUCUACAUCCAAAAUAUAUUCUGCUUAACAUUAAGAUUUGUAUAUAAUUUGGCAUGAUUAAUUUCCAUUGUUUUGCUGGAACUUCUUUUUUUUUUUUUUUUUUUUUUUUUUAAAUAUCUACAACAGUUGCCAAUCAAACAAAUGGCAUAGGUGAUACUUUCUCCUUAAUAUUUUAGAUUUUGAACAAGCAGAAACCAGAUCUUGAGAAAAAUAACUUUGUUCAUUUUGUGCCUUUUAAAUAAUAAAAAAGGCUUGGAACAUUUGUAAUCUUGAUCCAUUUACAUAACCUGUGCAAUAUUUCUUCCUGCAGUUUUUUAAAAUCUUGGAAGUUUUUGUUUAUGUAAAUUAAAUUUUUACUACCGUAAUAAAAUUAUAUUUUUUUAUUUUUUGUUUUCAUGUAACAAACUAAUUUUUGAAUUGUUAACUAGGAAAUUUUAAAUAAGAUAAAUCUAGACAUAUCAAAGAGGCAUAACAUUAUAUGGUAAAGUAGACAAAAAGCUAUGGAAACUGAAUAAAGGCAAAUCUAACAAAUAAAUGCUGGUUGAAAUGUUUCCUAUAUGGUUGUGCUUUCAAGAAAAUCAAUAACCCACUUUAAGUAGUAUUUCCUUUGCCACUCAAAUUUCUACUACAGCAUCAAUAGUGAACUGGACCAUAACUACUUUUCAACAUGAAUGAAAGGUUUGCAUCAGACAAUGAUCACUUUAAUUUCAUUAUUAAGUAGUCUCCAAUUUAGGCUGCCACCAAGUAAUCAUAACUUUUUCUUAACUGUAUAAUAGAGUUAAUCAAUUCUGAGAUGAGGAACAAUUAAAACGAGGGAAAAUCAUUUCUGUGAUUGCUCACCUAAUUCGAUGGAAAAUCAUUUCUGUGAAUGCUCACUGAAUUUAGUUGACAAAAAGAUUACAUAAUACUGAAAUAAAUUUCUUUUGAAUUUUCAAUAUUUCUAUUUUUGAUUUGGUUAUGUUGCUAAACUUGUAUUACACUUUAUUUCUCAUCAUGCAUAUAACGGUGACAUACUCAUCAGUAAAUCUGGUAUUUUGAAACUUACUGAAUUACACUACCUGUAUACCUUUUAAGUGUUACUUUGGGUCUUAUUUUGUCAUUGCAUGUCACUAAUUAUAAUACCUUGGCUGUGCAUGUCCUCAUUAUGCCUAUGGUUCCAUGAUUAAAUCAAUCUUACAUAUCAAUCUAAAGUCAAUUGGAAUGGGUUUUGGAUUUUUUAUUUCCAACUCAGGAAGCAAAAGUUAUUCUAGGGAAACAAGUGCUAAAGUAUUUACUAUAAAUGUCAAUGGGGGUCCUACUGUAUUGGAGUAACUAGCAUGAAGCACUGUGGCUUGAUAUGAUAAUCUAGCAGGAAUCAGGUUGUGAAAGCAGAUCUAGGACUGUCCUAUCAUAUUCAUUGUCUAAAGCGCAAAGCUUUAUGACUAAGAUAUAUUCUUAUAUUAAGAAUAUUUCAAUUUUACUUUUACUGUCUUUCUUUGUCAGGCUGACGACUGGGUUCAUUGCUAGUAAUGGCAGUAAGCAUGGCAUCCAGUUGCAAGGCACUUUUAACCCUCGGUUUUAUUUGAAAGUAUCUUUUUUUUCAUAAAUAUGAAAUAUUUGUACAGUCUGAAUGUGGAAUUGAAGAUCAAGCAAUAAAAAAGCCCAUCCCAGUUGACAAUACUGCAAAAUAGCAUGCAACCAUGUAACAUAGGGUCAUUCCUCUACAUAUACUACAGCUUAGCUAUUAUUGAUGUACACAGUUUAUGUUGGUAACCAAAUGCCAGUUCUACAUACUUUGUAAAUAUCUGAAAGAAGUUUACUGAAUAAUUUCUACAAGUAAUUAGAACCAAGGAACCAUAAUGUCAGCGGACGUUCAUGAUGUAUCAAUAUGGUUUUAUUGCUGGUUUUUUUCUUAUUUAAAUUAUCCCCACCUUUGUUUUCUUACACAGUUUUGUACAACUGGGAAUAAUGUUUGCAACAUAUUUAUUUGACUUACCUUUAUUUUGUCUUGUUUAAUAGACCAAACCCUUUUCACCUUCAAACCAGUGACAUUAUUUUAUGGCAGCAAAAGCCCCAGGCAUAAUUAGACGUCAGUGUAUUCACUAUUUUUAUAAACAGCUUUAGAGGGAAAUUACUGCAUUCCUUGUGUGUGGAGGAACUCCAAUUGCUGAUAUGUACAAAUAAACUUUAUUUUAGUACAAAA